AUGACUGGUAGUGCAAAACUUAAGCUCUCUGAUGGUACAGAACUCUUCUACAAGGAUUGGGGUACUGGAGAUCCCAUAGUAUUCAGCCAUGGCUGGCCGUUAACGUCAGAUGCGUUCGAAGACCAGAUGAUGUUUUUGGCUCUCAAGGGGUUCAGGGUGAUCGCUCAUGACCGAAGAGGCCACGGAAGAUCUUCUCAACCAUGGGAAGGCCAUACGAUGGAUCAAUAUGCUGAUGACCUAGCCGAGCUAGUUGAUCAUUUGGGCUUGAAAAAUGCAAUUCACGUUGGUCACUCUACUGGCGGUGGAGAGGUAGCUAGAUAUAUAGGUCGUCAUGGUAUUGGGAAAGUACUGAAAUGUGUUUUGAUUAGCGCUGUUCCACCUCUCAUGGUGAAAUCAGAAGAGAAUCUUGUGGGUACACCCAUUGAGGUAUUUCAUGAUAUAAGAGAUAACGUCCUGAAGGACCGAUCUAAAUUCUUUAAAGAUUUAGCUUUCACCUUCUAUGGUUUGGACCGUGAUGAGUCAGAAGCCUCGACAGGGUUUAUUGAUAGCUUUUGGAUGCAAGGGAUGCAAGGAUCAAUAAAGGCAUUGUAUGAUUGUGUGGCUGCGUUCUCAGAAACAGACCAGCGUGAAGAUUUGAGAAACAUGAAUAUACCUACGUUGGUUCUUUAUGGUGAUAAUGAUCAGAUUGUACCUCCCAUUUCAUCCAGCAAGGCAGCGAUAAAAUUCUUACCACAAGCAAAAGAAAAAGUUUACGCAGGCGCACCCCACGGCUUGUGCAGCACCCACAAGAAAUUGGUGAAUGAAGAUAUAUAUCGGUUCAUCACUCAUUGA